GCUGGCGAGUGCAGCGACACCUUCUCCACCUUCGAUGUGCCCAUCUUCACGGAGGAGUUCUUGGACCAAAACAAAGCCCGGGAGGCCGAGCUGCGGCGCCUGCGGAAGAUGAACACGGAGUUUGAGGAGCAGAAUGCCAUCCUGCAGAAGCACACGGAGAGCAUGAACUGUGCCAAGGAGAAGCUGGAGCAGGAGCUGGCCCAGGAGGAGAGGCAGACCCUGGCUUUGCAGCAGCAGCUCCAGUCGGUGUUACAAUGGGCAGGGCUGAAUGGGAACUUACUGGGUUGCCACUUCGUAGGCACUGGGGAAACCCCCACGCUGAGCACUCUGGACUUCUACAUGGCCAAACUGCACAGUGCCAUCGAGAGCAACCCGCUGCAGCAUGAGAAGCUGGUGGUGCGCAUCAAGGAGAUCCUGUCCCGGAUAGCCAG